UCAUCCUACUCUUAAUCUACCUCAGACCACUGCCAUAACAACGCAUUAAUAACGCACGAAGUCAAUAAAUCAAAAGCACACGCGCGCCGAAAGUCAACAUUAAACAACAACAGUAAAAACAGCAACAACAACUUGGCAGCCACAUUAAUCACGCACAAAUACCGUUAAAAUAAUUGUUUGCACAUCCAAACCCUUGACAAAUUUUUGCUCCUUUGCUUCCCGAAAUACUUCAUUUGUGUCGUAAAAAUGUAUGGGAUGGUGUUAGAAAGCGUGCAGUAUUAUAUACAGGCGGAAUAUGGCAAUAAUAUUUGGAAAGAGAUUUGCAAAAUUGUGGAUUGUAAGCAUCAAACUUUUAAGACCCAUCAGAUCUAUCCGGAUAAGUUGAUGCCCGAUAUUGCUGCAGCCGCUGCUGCUUGUACUGGAAAAUCAUUUGAUUUUUUUAUGAAUUUCUUUGGACGUUGUUUUGUGCGUUUCUUUAGUAACUUUGGCUACGACAAGAUGAUACGUUCGACUGGUCGCUACUUUUGUGAUUUCUUACAAUCUAUUGAUAAUAUACAUCUUCAAAUGCGGUUCACAUACCCGAAAAUGAAAAGUCCCAGCAUGCAGUUAACGCAUAUGGACAAUGAUGGUGCAGUUAUUUUAUAUAGAAGCGGACGCACUGGCUUCUCCAAAUAUUUAAUUGGGCAAUUUGUUGAAGUGGCUAAGGAGUUUUAUAAUUUGGAUAUCAAAGCUUAUGUAAUUGAAAGCCAGAACGAUAUAUGUGGUGGAACUACUGGUCCUAUACAUUUAUCUGAUCAACCUCUCACUGUUAUAGUUAAAUAUCGUUUAGACUUCGAUAACCAUGAUUAUAUGGCCAACCGUGUUAAUGUUAUUGUUCAUCCCUCCCAACUUAGAUUACCAGCUAUAAAUAUGGAUGUCUUUCUAGAUUUAUUCCCUUUUACUGUUGUAUUGAAUCAUGACAUGAAAAUUACACACGCUGGCGAAAAAAUUGUAGAAACUUGGAUAUUGCAUAAUCCAAAUAAAAACGCCAAAACAUUUAUUGGGUCACAUAUUCUGGAUCUAUUUUUAUGUCGCCGUCCUAAGGGCACUUCAAUUGACUGGGAUACAAUCAUACAAAUGCGAACAGUAUUAUUUGAGUUUGAGUUAUUACGUUCAGUUCGUAGUCGAUUUGAUGUUGAUAAUGAAAACUAUGAUGAAAUUGUAUUGAAUGAAGCGCAUUUGCCAACGAAUAAAAACCAUGAUUUAGGAGCAAGUUUUUUGGAUGUUGAGCAAAAGAAGGAUGGCGGCAACACACCUAGUGGUGGGCGUAAAAUAUCUCAAGGCCAAAAAUCUAUAUUAUUAAAAGGUCAAAUGUUUUAUUUAAAAGAUGUGGAUUCACUUAUAUUUCUCUGUAGUCCGCUUAUUGAAAAUCUUGAUGAACUUCAUCAAAUUGGAUUAUAUUUAAAUGAUCUCAACCCGCAUGGUCUUAGUAGAGAACUUGUAAUGGCUGGAUGGCAACAUUGCUCAAAACUAGAAAUUAUGUUUGAAAAAGAAGAGCAACGUACGGAUGAGCUCGAAAAGUCACUUGAACUGGCAGAUUCCUGGAAGAGACAAGGUGAUGAAUUGCUUUACUCAAUGAUUCCACGACCCAUUGCUGAACGUAUGCGCAAUGGUCAAGAAGCAACAUGCCAAAGCUUUGAAGAAGUUUCCGUAAUUUUCAUUGAAGUUAUGAACAUAUACGAUAGUGGCUCUAAAACUAUACAGGAUGCUAUGCUGGCUGUUAAUACACUUAAUACUGUUUUUUCCGCUUUUGAUGAGGAAAUUAUUUCGCCAUUUGUGUAUAAAGUAGAAACGGUGGGAAUGGUUUACAUGGCUGUUUCUGGUGCUCCGGACAUAAAUCCUUUGCAUGCAGAACAUGCAAGUGAUUUAGCUUUACGGAUUGUUAAAAAAGUGAAAGCACUACAAAUACCUGACUUAGCUAUACGUGUAGGUAUACAUUCAGGGCCAGUGGUAGCAGGUGUUGUUGGUCUUAAGGUACCAAGGUAUUGCUUAUUUGGUGAUACAGUAAAUACCGCAUCACGCAUGGAGAGUUCAAGUGAACCAUACAAAAUACAAUUAUCGAACACUACAGCACAGAAAGUUCGAGAAGCUGGCUAUACAGUCGAAUCACGCGGUUUUGUUAAAGUAAAAGGCAAAGGUGAAAUGGAAACAUUUUGGCUAACUAAUGGACCAAAUAAUUAAAAAUUGUUAAGCUAACUUAUUGUUUAAAUAUUGUUACUCCAUAUUAUUGUUAUAUCUUGAUGAU